AAAAAAAAAAAAGGAGCAACAAUUUGUGUCUGUUAUUCAUCGAUUGAUUGCAGUGUUUGUGUGUGUGUGUGCGAAAUCCUUUUCUCUCAAUGAAAUAUGCAAAGGUCAAUUGCAUAAAGUCAUCAAUUUAAAAGGAAAAAUAAAAACAGAAUAGCAACAUCUAACAAAACAGACAACACAAUGGAUGUGGGCAACCAGGAAACCACUUACGAGCCACUUGAGGGACAUGGCAGCAGCAGCACAGGUGGCGGCAGAGGCCAUGGUGGUGGUGGUGGUGGUGGUGGUGGCGAUGGUGGCGGCAAUGGCAGCAAUGGCAAUGCCGGCAUGCGACAUCCCUCUAGCAUGGACAGUCCUGAGUAUGAUACGCGCGCCCCAAAGGAUCAGAGACAUGCCGUCUAUUUGGCAUUGCUGGCAGCGGGCAUUGGCUUUGUUUUGCCCUACAAUAGACAUCCCUCUAGCAUGGACAGUCCUGAGUAUGAUACGCGCGCCCCAAAGGAUCAGAGACAUGCCGUCUAUUUGGCAUUGCUGGCAGCGGGCAUUGGCUUUGUUUUGCCCUACAAUAGCUUCAUCAUUGCUGCGGAUUAUUGGCAGGCACGUUUUCCUGGCCGUCCGGUGGCUCUGGACAUGUCCAUGACAUAUAUCUUUGUGGCAUUUGCCACAGUUUUGCUCAACAAUAUUGUCUUGUCGGUGGCACCGUUUCAGACGCGUGUCCUUUUCGGUUAUAUGGUCUCGUUCACGACUCUAAUCUUUGUGGCCGUCUGCGAGGUGGCCUGGCAUAUGUUCUCGACGAAUACAGCCUAUGUGGUCAAUAUGUCGGCUGUGGCCCUUACGGCCAUCGGUUGUACGGUGCAACAAUCGAGCUUCUAUGGCUUUGCCUCCAUGUUGCCCAAACAGUAUACCCAGGCGGUGAUGGCUGGCGAGAGUAUUGCUGGCUUCUUGGUAUCCUCGAAUCGUGUGGUGACCAAGCUACUGAUUAACAAUGAUCGCGUCUCCACUGUCAUCUUCUUUCUGACCUCAACCCUCUACAUACUCUUCAGCUAUUUGCUUCAUGUGGCCACCAUCAAUUCGCCAUUUGUACGCUUUCAUGUGGAUGCCUGUUCCAAGAUUGUCCUACGACCAGAUGAGCAAGAGAUUGAUGGUUCUACCACAAGCACUCGGUAUGGAGUACUCUCAAUGGAUGGCACCACAACGACGACAACAAUUCCGAAUCAUCAUGCCAGCAGCAGCAAGAGUGGUAAUCCCACUGGCAAGACAUUGAGUUUCAGCAAUCCGGUUUAUGAACUAUCCAAUCCGACGGCUGGUGAGAGCAUCAUUGAGGGUCUUGGCCAAUUGGCAGAGUUGCCGCAAACCCCACACGAACCGCAGACACCGACCACAGUGGCUUUCAAGGUGGAGCAUGUGAUUACGCCGCGUCGUUGUCGACCCAGUAAACUGAGCGAUAUACGCGAAGGUUUCGUUACCCGCUGGCGUGUGGCUCAGAUCAUCUAUCCGUAUAUGGUGUGCAUCGCUCUGGCCUAUUGUGUGACUCUAUCCCUGUAUCCGGGCAUCGAGGUGGAGGUCAAUUCGUGUUAUCUACGAUCCUGGAUGCCAGUGCUGUUGAUGUUCUGUUUCAAUACCUCGGAUGUGGUGGGCAAAAUACUGGCUGCCAGUCCAUAUCCUUGGUCACGUCGACAACUGAUUUUACUGUCCGGUCUGCGCAUUGUACUCGUACCCAUGCUUCUGCUAUGCUGUGCGCCGCGUCAACGACCCGUUAUCUCUGGCGAAACGGCUCCAUUUGUGUUUACCAUCGCCUUGGGCAUAACCAAUGGACUGGCUGGCAGUUUACCCAUGAUGCUGGCACCGGCCAAAGUGCCAGGCACUCUCAAAGAAGUCACUGGCAAUAUAAUGACCUUGUCGUAUAAUGUUGGUCUAACCGCUGGCUCAUUGAUUGGCUAUGUGUUCGAGAGUAUGCUGGGACCGCAUCUCAUCAAUCCCUGUCCCAUGUAUCCGUAUGUACCGGCAGCAGUAUUGGAGCAUAUGCAAGCACAUGGUCAUGUGCCACCACUUCCAUUCACCAGCAGCACAAUGAGUCCCCUGAUCAGCAGCACCACGGCUGCAGCAGCAACCACAGCAGGAGCCGGGACUAGCAGUACCCUGGCACCAUUCCUACUCAAUGCGACAUUGUCGUCCCUGGCCGGCAGCCCCACCAUGGCCACCUCCAGCAAUUCGACAAGCAGCACUUCCCCUCUUCCAGCUCUGGCCACAGUCAUAACCACCACAGCUCUGGCUUUAUAUAGCACUGUGGCAGCCACCAGCUCCGAGUUGCUUAAUGCCACGGUCUCCACAUUUAUAUCAACGGUUACCACCUCAGUGGGUGGCGAUAUCAGUGAGGAAAUGUCUGGCAGUGGUGCCAUGACAACAGAUCCCCAAACCCCCGAAGCUCUGCUCCAGGAGAUCUAAACAAUUUCCGUGUCCGAGAGACGCGAGAGAGAGAAAGAGAGAGAGAGAGAGAGAGAAAGAGAGAGACAGAGAGUGUGUGAAACGCUUUGAUGGACAGACUGAAUGGUGAAUUGGCCAGGCGCAUGGAAUGGGCAAAUUGGCAAGCAGCUAUCAGUUACUAUAAGUAUAUCCUCAUAUAUUUAUCCUCUACAUACAUAUACAUAUAUAUCUACACCUUCCAAAUCUUAAUUGGUGAUCUUGCAAUAUUUUCUUAAAGGCUUUUCCAUAAGCAACAAGCGUAUCGAUUCGUAUUUAAACAUAUCUUGUGCUUUUCUUUUUCUUGAUUUGUACAACUUUCAUAUCAAAGAAAGUCUUAAGAAACUUUAGUACAUAUAUAUCAAAAACUAUUUAGCUUGCCGAUUUGAUCAUUAUCAUACGACCUGACCGAAAACCUUAAAAGAGAGUGCAAAACAAUUUGCUCCAUAUUGCAGUUAUAUAAUAAUAAAACAAAAUUACUCUGAUUAUUUCGUAUUAAAACAAUUCUAAGAUUCUAAUUGUUAGAUUUAAAGCUAUCAACAUUUGGGCUGCAAUACAAAAAGUACUUGAAUCAAUAAUCGUAUAUAGUUUACUAUAUGUGUAAUGGUUCAAAUUGAUUUUAAGCUCUGUAACUUAUAAAUGGAUACUUGAAACUUGUCUUUGAUUUUGGCCCAAAACUAAUAAUAGUUUAACCAAAAUCUCUCGCCAUACAUACAUACAUACAUACAUACAUACAU